UCAAAUUUGGAGUGAAGAGAGAGUCGAAGAUCAAACAAUGGCCGCCAAAAUCUCCAUCUCCAAAAUUGCUCAAGCUUCCUGCUUUCAUCUGCGACCUCGUCGUUUCUCCUCAAAACCACACUACUCUUCCUCCUCCAAAUCGCAGCGGCAAGACUCCAAUUUCGGCUCCGACGCUGACGACGCCGCUGUCCCCACCGCCGGAAUAAGCAAGCCCCUUUCUGAAAUUCUCAAGGACUUGAACAAAAAGGUCCCCGAAUCGCUUCUCAAAUCCCGCUCUGAGCCCUCUGGCUUCUCAAUUAGAUACGUUCCUUGGCAUGUAUUGAAUCGAAUUCUGAACCUACACGCACCAGAAUGGUCUGGUGAGGUUCGCAGCAUCACUUACUCAGCUGAUGGCAAUUCUGUAUCGGUCGUCUAUCGCGUCACACUAUACGGGACUGAUGCAGAGAUAUUCAGGGAAGCAACAGGCAGUGCUUCAGCUAGCGACACAAGCUUCGGGAGUCCUGUGCAAAAGGCAGAAGCAAUGGCAUUUCGCCGAGCUUGUGCUCGCCUAGGGCUGGGACUUCAUCUUUAUCAUGAAGAAUUGGAGUAGUGCAGGUUUAAGCCAGAGCAACUCGGGGCUAUAGCCUGUAUAUGCUUCUCUCGAACUCGGUGGAUUUGAUCUCUUGCUUUUGUGUGUAAUCGCGUUUACAAAGCCAUGUUUCUUUUAGAGAACCUCCCAAUUUUCCCAAAAAUCCAGGAGGAAAUUCUUUAACUUGAAAGAAUUGGUACAGAUUUAGGAUACUUAUCCAAAAGUUUUGAUGACUCAAUCAUGGAUGAUGGAAUCAUCAAAGAUUUAACCUUUUUCGAACUAUGUUUGUACCUAAUUAGAGUGAUCAAUGUUAGCACAUUAUCAUGAAUGUUUGUUUUGUUACAA